GUUUGAUAGACGAAGCUUGGGGUUUCUUUGGGUUUGCAACCCUUACCCUCCUGGAAAAAAUCAUAGUUGCUAGACUGCGACACUUCAGACCAGGUACUAUUAGAGCCGCUAAUGGACGACGAGCUAUUUUCCGCUAUCCGGAGCUCAAGCAUUUGAGCCGCUAAAUGGACGAGACUCCUGGGGUAAAGGAUGCAGAGAAUGAGGAGAAAACACUCGUAUGGAGCAGGGAGUAGGUAUUGUACUACUUCCUGGUAUGGAGCACUGAGAAGCGCUUGGUGACAUCGUCCAAGAUCGACAUGGAUGGCGGGUCACCUGCCGUGACGCUGUCGACGCUAUUGUCCAGUCCCGCAUGGAGCCUGUGGCGAAGCCCCUCAUUUGUGGCACUUGUGCACGCAGUUUUCGUCGGCCACAGGAUAUUGCGACGCACAAGUGUAACGCUGUUCGCGCGGCCCGCGCGCGCUGAGUAUGGCGUUCCCCGCCCGGUGGACAACACGUCUCCUGGUCUGCCCCGUAUGGGGCCACAUAGCCAGUCAUGGCAGUGGAAGAAGGAAGGAAGGAAGCUUUCACCGUCCAGGAGCGACACUGACUCGCACUGCUAUCUGGUGCUCACGAGGUGUUUGUCGCGCUGCAAACGGAGCGUCUCUCAUUAGGCGAUUUGAUCGCAGGACGAGAGAGGAGCUGAUGGACGAUCUCUCCAAUGUUCCUCUUGGUUCGGAGCGGCGCCGAGUGCUGACGUUGGGACUUGGCCGGUGUGUGCACACCGCUAGCUAAACCGACCAACGGCUACUCCCAGGGCACAAACUAUUCUGCUGGAGGCAGCGUCGUCUUCGGCUGAAAUUCCGGAUACAACCUGCAGGGAAGCAUUGUGCGCAUCUGCCAGAUUGACGGUUCCUGGAGUGGGGCAGCUGCCUCAUGUAAUCGUCAAACCGACUGCCAGGUCCUGUCACCACCGGCACUGGGCUCAAUGACCGUGAACGGCUUGAUGUUCAGCAACACGACCACGUUUGUGUGCACAUCUCCCUAUGUCCUUAUGGGCUCGGCCGUGCGUACUUGUGAAAUCAACGGCCAGUGGAGCGGUGUGCAGCCAACUUGACGCUUGACGACUGCUGCUCUGAGUGCGGCCAGUGACGAGCUAGUCAAGGACUCCGUCUCAGAACGCAUGACACAAACAUGUUAGCUCCCGCUCCAUGCCCAUUGUUGGAGCGACAGUCCUGGAAUCCAGAGUUGCAAGUGAGGUGGUGAUACGGCAAGCAGACGGUGGCAAAGUACGGCUUAAAAGCUCUACAUCUGGCAAGUGGCCGGCAUACCACCCCAAUGGACAUCGGAACAGUACACGUAGAGUAGCAUCUCUACGUGACAGGGUAUGAGCGCAAGUGAGUUCUUAUGCUCUACUAAUGUGCAUUGAUUCUGUGACUAUAGUUGGUGUACAGAUCUCAUCACAUGUGCCUUAGGUGGGAUUUGCUAUUGUCACUGGAAAAUUCAGCCCUAACAAACAGUGUGAUGGAUGAAUUUGACUCCAAGUAUCUGCUUUUGGGAAUGCCAUGUAUGCAUGUCUGGC